AUGAUAUCAAUCGCCAACACUUCUUUUCCCGAGGUAUUGAUCCUCUUUAUUGGUUCAUUCUUGGUAUAUUACGUGGCAAGUGCGAUUUAUUGUAUAGUUUUCCAUCCUCUCUCUAAAUAUCCGGGCCCUUUUCUCGCGAAAUUCUCUGGACUGCCAUCUUUUUAUCAUACUUACAGAGGUAAUCGACACGUGUGGCUUUGGCAGUGUCAUGAAAUCUAUGGCGACGUUAUUCGUUCCUCCUAUGAUACGCUAAUCUUUUCCGAUCCCGAUACGUAUCGAGACAUAUAUGGUUCCCAUGCCAACGUUCAAAAAUCAUGGCAAUUUGGAAUUUGGCCCAAGGAUGCUACAGCAGUGAGUACAUUUGCGUGUACGGAUAAGAAUGCGCAUAAGCGCCGACGCCGCAAUCUCGAGUACGCCUUCUCAGACCGCGCCGUGCGAUCCGCUGAACCAUUUGUCAUUCAACACUCAGAUCGAUGGGGUCUGCUUCUGGUGGACGGUGCUGAGGACGGAUGGAGUGAGCCCAGAAACAUGACGGAGUGGGCGGACAGUUUUGUGUUCGAUAUUCUCUGUGACCUUUGCUUUGGAUGGACCUACGAAACAAAAAAACCUGGGCCGAAUAAACUCAGAACAGUUCCUCAGGAUGUCGCACAGUAUAUGAAGUUCACCUAUACCAUCUUCUACUCUCCAUUGAUACAUAUCUGGCUAUUCAUGAAGCCCAGAGGCAUCGACAAGCUCUCCGCCCAAUUAGCACCCCCCUCCGUGCAAUUCUUUAUGGAUUUUGUUGCCCAAAAUCUGAGCGAGAGACUAGAGCAGGUAAAAAUCAAUGAGAAGAGUGGCAGCCAGCCAGAUCGAGAGGACAUGCUUUACUAUCUCAUCAACGCCAAGGAUGGCGAGACUGGAAAACCAGCCUACGAUCCAGUCGACCUUUGCGAAGAAGCCAAUAUGCUUAUUGCCGCCGGAGCUGAUACGACCUCUGCAGUGAUUGCGGCAUUAUUUUUCUACCUUGUACACGAUACAACUGUCCUCGGAAAGCUCACUGAAGAAAUCCGUACAACAUUUACCUCCCUCGAUGAGGUCAAGUCUGGAAAGCUGCUGGCAUCUUGUUCAUACUUGCAAGGUUCAAUCGACGAGGCUCUGCGCAUGAAUCCCCACGGCGGGUCCGAGUCGCGGCGUCAAGUUCUUCCUGGCGGUAUUCGUAUCAAGGAAGACGUCAUCCCUCCUGGCGUAAUCAUCGGGGGCGAUGUCUACACUAUUCACCACAACCCGGAAAUCUUUCCCGACCCCUUCCGAUUCCGGCCGGAGCGCUGGAUUGUAGGCAAUGGCGUAACUGCCGAAAGUGUCAAGGCAUGCGAAGGGGCGGUUUUCGCUUUCUCAUAUGGCAACCGUGGAUGCCCCGGGAAAAGCUUAGCGGGUAUGGAGCUCGCAGUUACCAUGGCACGGCUUAUCUUUCAAUAUGAUUUCCGUGGUGUCCCAGGAGGGACUGAAGGGCAAGGGAGAUCAGAUAUGAUGUGGGGAAGGAGACAAAGGACGCAGUUCCAAGUAUGGGAUUUUAUGGUAGCCCAUAGAAACGGCCCGAUGGUGCAGUGUAGGAAACGGGCUGGCGUGUUAGCUCCUUGA